AUGCAAACCACAAGUGUAAGCACAAUCACUCAGAAUAAUUGCUCAAAUCAGAGUUUUACGGUACAAUGUGUGAAACUGGAGAAGAGCACCACUGUGGGCAAAGAGCACACUGUGGGAGAAGAUCACACUGUGGGAGAAGAUCACACUGUGGGAGAAGAUCACACUGUGGGAGAAGAUCACACUGUGGGAGAAGAUCACACUGUGGGAGAGGAUCACACAGUGGGAGAGGAUCACACAGUGGGAGAGGAUCACACAGUGGGAGAGGAUCACACAGUGGGAGAGGAUCACACAGUGGGAGAGGAUCACACAGUGGGAGAGGAUCACACAGUGGGAGAAGAUCACACUGUGGGAGAAGAUCACACAGUGGGAGAAGAUCACACUGUGGGAGAAGAUCACACUGUGGGAGAGGAUCACACAGUGGGAGAGGAUCACACAGUGGGAGAAGAUCACACAGUGGGAGAGGAUCACACAGUGGGAGAAGAUCACACAGUGGGAGAGGACACCCCGUGA